GACGUAAGCGACUUUACUCGGCUGUCAAUAAUAAUAUGCAGAAAAAAUAUAAGAUAUUAGCCGAUAAGGUUUGAUGUAAAACAGAUUUUAUAGAAUGGUAUUUCUUGUAGAUAGCACAUUGGUUGUGGAAUGGUGACAGCAAUCGUCUGUUUAUUAUUACAUUGAUUAUUCUUACAACUAUCAACUAGAAAAAUGAGUGCAGGGCCUCUAGUUGUGGAGAUCAUCUGUACUUGUCUUUUGGCUGCGUUCAUUCUUCAUCGCUAUGGUGACUUACGAAAACAACAUAUUUUGGUCACCUUGGCUACUUUCGUAGCAUGGUAUUUCUCAUUCAUGAUCAUCUUUAUCUUGCCUAUGGAUGUGUCUUCGACUUUCUAUCGCCAAUGUAAACGUGACAGCAUGCCGUUAACAACAACAACUACCACAGCUAGUCUACCAGGUAACAUGACAUCAUCAACUACUUCCACAACAACAUCUAAUACUAGUGAUGAUAUCAUUACUACAACUACAUCAUUUCAUCCUAUUCACAUGCCACCUAUGUUAUGUGAAGAACCAUUAAGUCAUGUACCAGAUAAUGUUUUACCAGCGUUAUGGAGAGUGGUAUAUUGGACGUCACAAGUUUUAACAUGGUUAGUUCUACCAAUGAUGCAGUCGUAUUCUAAUGCAGGUGAUUUUACUGUAUUAGGAAAGAUUAAAUCAGCUUUAAUAGAGAAUGCUAUAUUUUAUGGAACAUAUUUAUUGAUAUUUGGUAUCUGUUUAAUCUAUGUUGCUGCUCGACCUGAUCUGGAUGUUGAUGGGGAGAAGUUAAAGGUUAUUGGUGUGACAGCUAGUAAUACGUGGGGUCUGUUUGUACUGGUGUUAAUGUUAGGCUAUGGUCUAGUUGAGGUCCCGAGAGCAUUCUGGAACAGUUCUAAACGUGGUUAUACUCUCUCUAGAACUCAUUUUAAAAUAGCCAAACUUUGUACAGAGAAAACAGAAGCUGAAGAGGCUUUAGAAGAUGUUCUUGAUGAGACUAAACGAUUGGCUGAAAAUAUCAAAUACAAUCACCCACUACGUAAACAUAUGGACACCAUACUUGCCAAGUGUCCUGAAUCGUUGCGUAAUUCUGUACGUAAUAAAAUGGAUGAUUACGAAGAUUACGAAUCACCACAAGAUUGUAUAUCGGAGAAAAACAUGGUAAAAUUACACAAGAAGGUUAUGCAGAGUAUUCAAUUAGAGAAACGGACCCAGAUACAAUGGACCAUGUUGAUGGAGAAGGUCUUCGAUGUAGAAGAUACCAUGAAUAAUGAAAGUAAUCCAGAUCGUUUAUUCCGUCGUACAUACAAUACAGAUUAUAAUCAGAUUGUCCGGGCAAUAUAUACACCUAGAGUUGAAUGGUAUUGGAAGUGUAAAAUCCGACCAUGGUUUAUGAUGGGAUUAUCUAUAAUACUGAUGGUAUUUUCCUUCAUGGUAGUAUGGUCGGAAUGUUUGUUUUUUAUUAAAGAUCCUAUAUUAUCGUUGUUUGCUGUAUUUAUAGAUUUAGCUCAGCAUAAUUAUGAUUAUGUGUAUAUCGAGUUUGCAUCGAUAUUAACGAUAUCCUAUAUAUGUUUCUGUGCUUACUACAGUGUUUUCCAAAUAAAGAUCUUCAACUAUUAUUAUAUAGCACCUCAUCAUCAAACUAACGAACACAGCAUCAUAUUUACUGGCAUGAUGUUGUGUCGACUAACUCCUCCGAUGUGUCUCAAUUUUCUGGGACUGAUUCACCUUGAUAGUCAUGUGACCAGUGAACAAAAUAGAGAAGAAACAUCCUAUACUCAGAUAAUGGGCCAUAUGGAUGUCAUAUCUAUUAUAUCCGAUGGGUUUAACAUUUAUUUUCCUAUACUCAUAGUUUUACUGUGUAUCUGUACGUACUUUAGUCUCGGUAGUAGAUGUUUAAGUUUUCUCGGAUUUCAACAGUUCAUCGGAGAUGAUGACAUGACGCAGGAGUUGAUGGAUGAAGGAAAAGAGUUAGUUAAAAGAGAAAGAAGAAGAAUGGAGAGAAAAGCAGAUGGUGAUGCUCGUAGAAAAAUGUGGAACGAAAGAUUUGCAGAUCGCGAUAGUUCUUCUAAAGCAUUUAAAGAUAUACCUAGUGGUGCUGAACGUAGAGGUCUGUAUACAGCGGCUAGAAGUCCGGACGAUAACGAUAGAACAGAAUUAUUACGUCAAGUGGAACCAUUAGACUAUAACGAUAGUCAUACGACUGAUCCACUCGCGGACAAUUCUACAGGUUACCAAUCACAACCUCCGUCAAGAUUUAACUUAUCGCGACCAUCAAACAAACCACCACGUGGAAUAUUUGAUGACGUGUGAAACAUACAAACGUAAUGUUAAAUAUAUUUACAAUUGUUAUAGUAAUGAAAUCCGCAUAAAAUUAUCUAUACAGGGUCUAAUGAUUGACUACAACCUUAUUAUGAAUUAUCCAUAUAAGGCAGAUAUCACAGUCUAUUGACUACAACCUUAUUAUGAAUUAUCAAUAUAAGGCAGAUAUCACAGUCUAUUGACUACAACCUUAUUAUGAAUUAUCAAUAUAAGGCAGAUGUCACAGUCUAUUGACUACAACCUUAUUAUGAAUUGUCCAUAUAAGGCAGAUGUCACAGUCUAUUGACUACAACCUUGUUAUAAAUUGUCCAUAUAAGGCUAAUAUUAGAGUAUAACCAUGAACCUUUUAAAUGUUGUAUAUUAAAGCUUAAUUAUAGAUAGCACUAGGGAGGAACUUAUUCACCCAAAUUUAAAACUUAAAGAUUUCAGCCUUUUCAUUGGCCACAAGCAAAAUCCUUGACCAAUGAAAUGGCUACAUUAUUAAAAUGUAUUUGUUUAAGUUUUAGUGAAUUUGGCCCCUGAUUGGGAGCCAUGCUAGUCCUAUAGUAAAACAGGGUCUUAUAGUGGAUCAACUUCUAUUAAGGUCCCAAUGUAUAUAUAACGAUAGAGAAUAUUGUGAGCAAAAGAAAAACGAAAGUAGGCAGUAAGCUUUUGUAAUGGCAAAUUGACAAAAGCAGCCCCAUGUCAUUAUUGUGAUGUGAUAGUUUUAAUAUCUAUAAUACUCAUACAAUUAUUAUUAUUAUUAUUAAAUAUAUGUAUUUUAAAAUCUAUAUCAUAGAUAAAAUUACAGGUAUUUAGAACAAAAUCAUUCCAAUUAAUGUUAUAAUAUUCUUAUUAGCACAAUCUGAUUAAAACACAGAUCCUAUUUCGUUUCAUUUUUUAUAGUUCAAAAUUUUGUUUUACUACACUAGUUGUAAUAUCAACUGGAACAUUGUAAUAUUACUGGGAACAUUGUAAUAUUACCAGGGACAUUGUAAUAUUACCAGUAAGAUUGUAAUAUUACCAGUAAGAUUGUAAUAUUACCAGUAAGAUUGUAAUAUUACCAGGAACUUUACCUGGAAACUUGUAAUGUUACCAUGAACAUUGUGAUAUUAUCAGGAACAUUACACUGGAAGAUUGUAAUGUUACCAGGAAGAUUGUAAUAUUACCAGGAAGAUUGUAGAAUUACCAGUAGUAAGAUUGUAACAUCACCAGUAAGAUUGUAAUAUUACCAGUAAGAUUGUAAUAUUACCAGUAAGAUUGUAAUAUUACCAGUAAGAUUGUAACAUCAUCAGUAAGAUUGUAAUAUUACCAGUAAGAUUGUAAUAUUACCAGUAAGAUGGUAAUAUUACCAGUAACAUUACCUGGAAACUUGUAAUAUCAACUGGAACAUCAUUGUAAUAUCAACUGGAACAUCAUUGUAAUAUUGCUGGGAACAUUGUAAUAUACUAAUGUCCAAAAGAAAGUAUACACACUAAAAAUAUGACUAAGUUUUGUUUUAAUCAAAAAAAUGUGAUAAAACUACACUGAACAUGUCUCGUGCGUCCAAACUCAAUAUUUCCAAGCAAAUAAACGGCAAAACAAAUGGACAUUGUACCCAAAUACUGCAUACAAUGGAAAAACUACUUUGUUUGAAGCAGGACUAAAUGCACAGUGUAUACUUUCUUUUGGACAUUAGUAUAUUACUAGUAAGAUAGAAGUAUUACCAGGGAAAUUGUAAUGUUACCAGGAACAUUACCUGGAAGAUUGUAAUGUUACCAGGAACACAGAACUACUUAAUGAUCUUAUUGUUCAGGAAUCAGACCAAUUGUAAAUUAUGUGGAUUUUUACAAGAUUGUUGUACGAUAAACACUAAAAUCAUUGAAUGAGCAAGAAUUUAGUCACUUAGUUAAUCAAAAGGAUUAAUGUGUUUUAUUCAGUUAAUAUUUACUAAUAUAAUACUUGCUGUUGUGAUAUUCAGUGUUGUGGAUGUAAUUGUUAUUUAAUCAGAUUUCACUCAAUUCUCAACUUAGAUUAGAUACAAACCUUAUCAUAUAAACAAUCUCCAUAUUGGAACGUUCAUAUACUUGACUAAGCAUCAAAUAACUGUUAUAAAUGAAAACAUACAACACUAAUAGAUCAAAUUCGUCAGUUUAUAUACAUAAUGUGUAUUAGUUAGUUAUGAUUGUUAGUAAUCAGGCAGUAGUCAUUAAGUAAGUGUUUCAAUAGUGAUGGGUGUUAUAAAUAGUCAUGCUUUUACACCAGUAGUGACAUCUUUUACAGCUAGUUACACACCCGCUUAUAAUGACUACUGUAUAAUUUCUAACCACUUUCUUUACAUAUUAAACAUUAGAAUACUGACCACUUAUAUGAUUUAAUGACAAAAAUUGUCAUUACUAAAAUGCCUAGCUUCAUUAGUCAACAGUAUCAGCUUACCAGUGUUAUUCAUCUUGGUAACAUUUUGGGUCAAAAGACCCUGUUAUCAAAUGAGUGGGGAUUUAACGGAAUUUAUAUCCUAAUUCUUACAUGACAUGACAGUGGCUGUUAAUUAAAAUAAUUGCUGACUAAUUUGAUAAACUGGUGACUUGAGCAGGACUCAGGCUUUUUGAAGACUUGGGACUCGACCCGGUACUAAAGUCAGCAACUUGGACUCAAAGUGUCCAAUAUUUCAUCUAGUAUAAAUAAUGUACGAUAGGCUUGUUGCCUGUGUACACCAAUACCAAUUAUAUGUGUGGGUUAAUGGUCGAGAGCGAGACAUUAAAUAAUAUAUUUAAACAACACGAGGGACCAUUAAAGAACUUAAAAUACAGACACUCAAACGUUACGCGAGUCCAAAAUUUCAACUAGUAUAAAUAAUCUACGCUUGGCACAUUGCCCGUACCAUUAUUUGAAAUAAUGAUAUGCCAACAUCAAAGGAUGACAUCACAACUGUAAUUUAUAUGUAAUUAAUAAUAAUCGUCCAGUUUAUGUAAAUACUAUUAUUUAUUGUGUGUUAAACGUUGAGAGAAUAAUCUUCGAAAGAAUGUCCGAAUAAAUUAGUUGAGAGAAUAAUCUUCGAAAGAACACAAAUAAAUUAGUAGUUUUUUUUCCGUAAGUAUGUAUUAAAGUUUAUUAUUCUAUCGAGGGGGGGGGGGGGUGUCUGUGUGUUGGAUGGCUGAAUGGUUAGCAUGCGCGUGUUAAAUUGAGUCAACUGGUGUGGUUUCAAAUCCCCGGUUGUACGUAACAAAGAGUAGGGUCGCCUGUCCAACCUCGUGGGUUUUCUCCGGGUCCUCCGGUUUCCUCUUCAUGGCUAUAGACCCCUACGCACAAGCAAAUUAUUGAAUUAAAAUUAAAACUAUAUGUUAGUCCUGAAAUGACCUAGUUUGUGUCGAGUGGACGUUUAACCCCAUUUCUCUCAUUAUUAUUCUAUCUAUUUACUAAACGCCUCUCAAAGAUCAAUCAAAUUGUUGUAUUAUUGUAUGUGUGCAUUUAUUUAUCGUCUAUAUAAAUUAAUAUUAAAGGGCAUUUAUGUAGAACAAUUGCAUUUCAAUUUCCCCAUCAAUUACAUAGAUUGUUAGUUCUAUAUAGAAUUAUCUAAUUGGUUGUGAAAAAUGAUAAUGUCUGAUAAAACUUGAAAGUUAAAGAUACAUUAUGUAAGAUUUAGAGAAAGAGCUAGCCAUUCUUGCUAUAAUAGUUCGAAAAAAGAUAAUGUAAAAUGAAUAAUUUGAAAAUUUCAUUCAAAUUACUCUAUUGCGAGCGAAGAUAUUAGCCUUUGAAGGUUUGACAAGGCGUGUGCAAUAAUUUCAACCACCGUACUGGUUGUUCGAAGCUAUGUCUCGCUCCUCCAUUUUUAGCUUAAUUCAAAAUAUGGCUGAAUUGUUCUAAUCUAUUUAAUAUCGGAGAAAUCCGAUGCCAUCGAGAGUUGAUUAUGGUCUGAAUAAGUUAAUUAAUGUCUAAUUAAUAGCUUAGAUAACAUUUCAGGCCUAAAGAAACACCUGCAAUGGGCAGAUUUAGCUCUUGCAUAAUGUAUGUUUAACAUUUAUUGUAUGUAUAACUGUUAUUAUAUUUAUUAUUGAUGUUGUAAUAAACACAUUCCUCAUC